AUUGAAUUCAACAAAUUAACAAACACAAAAUAUCCACAUUAUAUAUAAUCAUGGUGGUCGAGAAGAAGAUCGUUGACGAAGUCUCCGGCUGGCUCAGAGUCUUUGACGACGGCUCAGUCGACCGGACAUGGUCCGGACCACCUCAGGUCAAGUUCAUGGCCGACCCGGUUCCCCCUCACGACCAUUUCGUCGAUGGAGUAGCCGUUCGAGACGUGGUGAUGGAUCAGGAAUCGGGUCUCAAGGUCCGAAUUUAUCUGCCCGAAGUAGAUCAAUCUUAUAAGCUCCCAAUUAUACUUCACUUCCACGGCGGCGGCUUCUGCAUCAGCCAAGCCGACUGGUUCAUGUACUACACUGUUUACACCCGGCUGGCUCGCGCCGCCGGUGCCAUUUGCGUGUCGGUCUAUUUGCGCCUAUCUCCUGAGCACCGUCUCCCGGCUGCCAUUGACGACGGCUACUCGGCUCUACUCUGGCUUAGCUCCUUAGCUAAAGGUGGCUCCCACGAGCCAUGGCUGGUUGAUCAUGCAGACUUCAACCGGGUUUUCCUUAUCGGAGACAGCUCCGGAGCAAACCUAGUCCAUGCUGUGGCGGCGAGAGCCGGAGAGGCGGACUUGAGCCCGUUGCGGCUAGCCGGAGGAAUUCCAAUACACCCGGGUUUUGUCCGGGCGGAGCGGAGCAAGUCGGAGUUGGAGAUGCCGCAGUCGCCGUUCCUAACCUUGGACAUGGUGGACAAGUUUCUGAGCCUGGCCUUGCCGGUGGGCUGCACCAAGGACCACCCGAUUACGUGUCCGAUGGGAGCGGCGGCGCCGCCUUUGGAGGGUUUGAAGCUUCCUCCACUACUUCUGUGUAUUGCUGAUAAGGAUUUGCUUCUGGAUACGGAAACGGAGUACUACGAGUGCAUGAAGAAGGCAAAAAAGGAUGUGGAGCUUCUGAUUAACCCCGGAAUGACUCAUAGCUUUUACUUGAAUAAGAUUGCUGUGGACAUGGAUCCAAACACCGCAGCCCAAACUGAUGGGCUUAUUACUGGGAUUGUGGAAUUCAUCAAGAAGCAUUGAUGUGUUUUUUUCUAGAUUACAUAUUUACGAUAUUGAAGAAUCAAGGCAAGUUGUGAGUCCGAAUAAGGUCAAUAAUUUGAUGAAAUUUAGAGGUCUUUACUUCCAUCAAUGAAGUUAUACUCUUAGUUUCUUCAAAUCCAAAUUUUAUACCAAAAUCAAUAUGAAAAAUUAUGUUUCUCAUUUCUUA